UAAUGAAGGUAUGCAAUACUUCAUAUAUAUAUAAAAAUUGAUAUUUCUAAUAUAAAAAUAUAAGAUGUGUAGCCUACUAACGCGUAAAUUGUUUAGCACAACAAAAUAUUUAUACAAAUCGUCUUUGUCAUCGACAAUAAUUAAUAAAAGUAUCAAAUUAUCGCGAAUAAAACCCGUGAGAUUAUUUGCGGAUAAUAAUGAUCAUAAAAUAGAAGACGAAAUCAGUAAAAAUGAUGACAAACAAACAUCUAACCUAGAAGCUGAUAUAAAAGCAGGGCACAAAGUAUUCCGCGAUGAAGAUUCCGAAAUAAUUUUUGAUGUUGAAGAGGAAAUUCGUAAAAUAGAUUUUGAAAAAAUAACUCAACUUGAGCAAGAAAUUGAUCCUUAUGCAGGAAUUAAUUUAAAACAUGGUGUCCAUGGGGUCUAUGACAUUGAAGAUCUUGUGGAUUUACUGAGGAAAGAAAAAGCCAAAGAUAUUUUCGUAGCAUCAGUACCCAAGGAAAUAGGAUACGUUGACUAUAUUGUCAUAGUUACCGGAAGAUCAGUGAGACACAUGAGCGCACUGAUGACAUUAGUCAGAAAAAUAUAUAAACUUAAAAGAUAUGAAACAGACAUAAUUCCUAAGAUCGAAGGCGAAAAAUGUAAAGAUUGGAUGGCUAUUGACUUAAACAAUAUUGUACUCCACAUGUUUUCUAUGCAAGCACGCGAGGACUACGAUCUAGAAACUCUGUGGGCAAUCGGUUCGAAAUAUGAUAAGAGACCAGGCGGUGAAUUAAAACUGAGCGCUGAGUUUGAAGAAAAGUAUAAGCAGUUUCUUGAUUCUCUCCAACCUGCUGAUGAAACUCAGCCUUUGAAUGUAAAAUCUAUUUGAUAUAAUUGAUAUAUU